AUGCCCGGCGUUACGAGAUCCAUGCCGUCCUCCGCCUCUUCCUCAUAUCUCUCCGUCUCCGAUGCACUUAACAACCUUUCCAAGGCUGCCACGGUAGCGCUCAAUGCCGUCCAAGGCGCGCAGGAUCACACCUACCAGGAGCUAGAACGUACUCGUGCAGAACGAGACGAUGCGCUGAAGGCGUUACAUGAUGCACAGCUGGACUCUAAGGAUAUGGAGGUUCGAGUAGAGGGUUGGAAGGCGGCUUUAGAGAAGUCAGACUUGACAAUCAAACAUCAAACCGAAACGAUCACACAACUCCGCUCUGAAGUCCAGACAUGGAAGACACAGCUCGCACGUCUCGAAGAGUCGUCACGACAAGAGAUAGAAGGCUGGAAGGAGCAAUACCGACGCGCAGAACACGAACGUGCCCGGCUAUCCGCCCGUAUUGAGGAGCUCAUCGCUGGGCAGCUAGCGUGGAACGCCGCCGCACACGCGUACACCGCUCCGUACACACCACGUAUAGGCUACGCCGAGGUUCCAGAACCCCCGUCCUCUUCAUCCGCAGCCACAAUCACUAGGCACGCGUCGACUUCUCACAUCCACCGCGCAGCCGGCACCCCGCGCUCAAACGGCCGCGCGGCUCGCGCGGACGCAGACGAGGACGAAGACGACCGCCCGCUGACGUCCGCGCGCAAGUCGAAGGGCCCGAACGGCGCGCGCCAGCCGACCCAACCCGAGCCCCGAGCGCAUCCGGGCACAGGUACCCCAGCGCGCACGUCGACCGCGCGGCGGAGGGACAACGCUGCUGCCUCUGCGGCCGGUAUCGCAGACGUUCCGCAAGCAAACGCGAGUCGCGCGACCCCACGCACCCCCGCCGCGCGGUCCGUCCCCGGGCAGACUGGGACGCAGCCGCGAACGCAGGUGAUCCGCCGCGUGACGGCAAUCGUGGACGUGAAGGAGGAAGAGUCGGACGAAGCAGGCGGGCUGGAGGACUUGGAGUCCGCCGCAUCUGGGUCGGCUUACGACCCCGAGGAGGACCCGCCGAUGGCCCUUGGGAGGAGGCGGCGGAGGGCGUCGAACGUGUCUGGGAGGUCGAAGCGCGCGGUGAGGGAGUUUGACGAAGAUGAUGAGGACGAGGAGGGGGAGGGCACUGUGUUGGAGGACGACGGAAUGGAUGGGGUGGAGCAGGGCGAGGACGCGGAGGACGAUGAGCUGCUGCUUGGAUCCAAGGUACGCACUCGUGUUGCAUUCUCGCUGGCCACCGCACGUCAAGUUCUCGCCUACUUUUUGGGACAUAUUUCCAUAUCACGGACAGCGCUGACGACCUAUGUCCCCUCGCAUUCCAGCCAACACAGCAAGUGCGGAAAACUGCGCGAACGCAAGCGCGAGCGCAGGCGGGCGCACCGAAACACCCUCGAGCUAGUGCGGGCGCGAAGCAGCUGA